UUUUCUCCACAUCCUCGCCUUUACGCUCGACCAUCUCCGUCCAUGAGCUGGCUCAGUGUUCUCUCUCUCUUCUCUCUCUCUCUGCAUGGACGUCGUUGAGUGAGAGGUGGAGGUGAGGCUUGAUGGGGAUGGAGGGGACGCAGAGCCCCUGGCAGGCAGCGUCCAUCUCCUCGCAGCCUUCAACCUUAAAACUCGUGUGACAGCAGCUUAACCGGAGGCUAGACUUCAUCACGCUCCCACAGCCGCCACCGAUUCCCCCCCUCCUAACCCCCCCUCCUCCUCCUCACCCCUAACGCUACCUUCCCAACGCUACAUUCCCCUCCCUCCCCUGCUCCCCCCCACCCCCUUUUGCAACGCGACUCCUCUCCACUCACUGUGUAGCUUGUGAGACUGAAGGCAGCUUCAGUGCGUGGAGGGAAAGAGAGAGAGUGAGAGAGGAGAGAGUGAGGCUUUCCCAGAAUAGAGAAGCAGGAGGAGGUGAGAGGGAUGAUGAUGGAAGCCAGCUUUGACACUGAGGAGAGUUUUGACGAUCCCUCCUGUCUCGCCCCGCAGCCCCCGGGCUCUGUUUCACCGGCCAAGAGGCAGAUCAAGGAGGUCAAGGAGACCAAGAUCACAAUCAACUGUGUGACUUUCCCUCUGCCUGGUGAAGGUCCGGAGCAGCAGCUCCUGAAGCCCAAUGAAUGGAGCUACUGCGAUUACUUUUGGACCGACAAGAAAGACCCCCAGGGGACCACCUCGGUGGCGGGCUUCGAGGUCCUUCUGCAGAAGCAGCUGAAGGGCAAACAGAUGCAGAAAGAGAUGGCCGAGUUUAUCCAUGAGAGGAUAAAGAUUGAAGAAGAAUAUGCCAAGAACCUCUCCAAGCUGUCUCUGAGCCCCCUGGCAGCACAGGAAGAAGGGACUCUCGGAGAAGCCUGGACUCAGCUGAAGAAGAGUCUUCAUGAUGAGGCCGAAGUUCAUCUAAAGUUCUCCAACAAGCUCCACUCUGAGGUGGAAAAACCCUUGCUGACAUUCAGAGGCGACAACUUCAAGAAGGACCUGAAAAAGUACGACCAUCACAUCGCCGACCUCAGGAAGCAGCUGGCAAGUCGCUACGCAAGUGUGGAGAAGGCCCGUAAAGCCCUGGCAGACAGGCAGAAAGAUCUGGAGGUGAAGACCCAGCAGUUGGAGAUCAAACUCAGCAACAAGACGGAGGAAGACAUAAAGAAGGCCCGGCGGAAAUCCACACAAGCAGGAGAUGACCUGAUGCGCUGCGUGGAUCUGUACAACCAAACCCAGUGCAAGUGGUUUGAAGAAAUGGUCACCACCAGCAUGGAGCUGGAGAAACUGGAGGUUGAACGGAUUGAGUGGAUUCAGCAGCAUUUACGCCAGUACACGACUCUGCGGCACGAAACGGACAUGUUCAAUCAGAGUACGGUGGAGCCGGUCGACCAGUUGCUGCAGAACGUGGAUCCAGCCAAAGACAGAGAGCUGUGGGUGAAAGAGCACAACACUGGUGAGGUUCGGCCGGUGGACAUGGACAUAUAGACUAUCCUGACCUGGGAUCAGCCAUUCUGUCUUCAGUAUUACAACACAUCCACAGAGUCCCAGAACCCUUCUGAUAACACUGAUCCAAGAACAGUGCAUGUUCAGACUGCUGAGUUCUGCUCAUCCUCUCUCUGACUGGAAUAACAAGAGGAAAGGUUCAUACUUAAUGCAGUCAGGAAACAGUAACAGAUCAAAGUACCAGCAUGUUCCUUCUAAAUUUUAACCCUCUCAUAACCAACAUUAGCUUAUUGAAUGCCAUUUAACAUAUUCUGCUGUUUACCUGUUGUAAAGUUGACACUAUUAGAAAAAAAUUAUAUGUAUUUUGAAUCGUUUAGUUUAGCUUCAAUUGACACUUUUCACAGUUUGAGUGAACCAAACAAAAAAAAGUCUGAUUAUUGAUAUUACCUUUAUUUUAGAUACGGAUAUUGAAGCAUAUUGAGAUCCUAGACUGAAUAUGAUAUAUUUUCAUAUUUUGCUGGUUCAUUUUUGGUGGAAAUGCAUGUUUUGAACAUCUUGCUUUUUCUGUAUAUGGAGAGCUGCACAAUUUGUGGAACCAUGAUGGUUGUUUUUGGUGUAGUUCAUUGAAUUUACGCAAGGUAUUCUGCAUCUUGUAACUGACAGAAUCUAGGAGAUUUCUCAAAAACACAAAAAACAGAAUUGACGUGUACAACGUUAAUAUCCAGUAACCUCAAUUGUUUAAAAAAAAAAAACUACAUACACACACAGUGUUUAGGAAUGUGAUUUUGAUUAUGCUCGCCACAACUCAAAACAAGUGGUGGAUCAGAUUUAGGCCAGGGUCUAUUUUGGAUCAGUCCGGAGGAAAAGGUGGUCCAAGUUACGCUGAAACACCUUUUAGUGCCUAACGGUUAUAUACCUGGAAUGUCCUUGACAUAUUCUACUCUACUGCAUCAGUGUACAUUUGUACAUACAGGCUAGAUGUAUUUUGCUGUCAGAUGUUUAACAGGCCCAAAUGAGCUUUGAGGCCAAUGAAGUGUUUGUACUGUACAAUGUUGUUUGUUUUAUUUUUGGUAAAUGUACAGAGAAUAUCUUUACGAUGGUGGUUGAAAGCAGAAAGCAAAAUUCAACAAAUUAAACACUCCAAAAGAGAAGAUAAGGUAGUGAAUUUGUGACAUGGCCAGGGCGUUAUGGAUCGAUCCAGUCAUCCCAGCUGCACAAUUUAAACAUUUUAUCAGCGACUGCAUGAACAGUAUGUGUCUAUGUUUACAUGUGUGUGUCUGUCUUUGUCUUAACAUUUCUGUUGUGGUCUAUCAGCUCUGGAUUUAUUUGGAUUUUUACCUUUCUGUGGCUGUUCUUCUUAAAUUUCUCAAAAGCACGAAGCCGAUCAGAUAACAGAAAUCAUAAUCCAAGUCCAGCUGCUGAGCACAAGAAAAGAACUGCUAAUAAAAAAAUAUACAAAUGCUUACCUGCCUUAUCACCAACUUUGAUAAUGCGUAAAGUGCAUUACAUUAUUUUUGUGUUAAAUGACGAAAAGUCAUCUUUAUUUCAGACUUUGCGUUAAACCCAAGAGGUUUCAUGCGCAGGUUUAAAUAGCAUAUCUGUUGUAGAGGUUUUAUCAGUGUAUCAAUGUUGUGCACUAAAUGUAACAAGUUAUUAUGUUCCAACUAAAUGUUUGACAGUUUCAUGAUGACGUAACGGUUGAGUUUACUGCCCUUCUGUGAUUAACAUUUUCAUAACGUGCAUUAAAUCCGAUGUUCCCAAUGUUUUACGAAUGUUUGAUCAUAGGUGACCUCUGUCCAGACGGUGUACUGUGGAAUGCAGUGUCCAAAAUAAAU